CGUUAGGCCACGUGACGUGAAUGCCGCAGAGGCCGAGGCUGUGGUAGCGGAAGCUAGAGGGCCUCCGGCAAUCCCCGACCCCGGCCCGGUCAUGCUGUCCCGCCUGCUGAAGGAGCACCAAGCGAAGCAGAACGAGCGCAAGGAGCUGCAGGAAAAGAGGCGGCGGGAAGCCAUUGCUGCAGCCACGUGCCUGACAGAAGCCCUGGUGGACCACCUCAAUGUUGGGGUGGCCCAAGCCUAUGUCAAUCAGAGGAAGCUGGACCACGAGGUGAAGACACUGCAGGUCCAGGCCGCACAGUUUGCCAAGCAGACAGGCCAGUGGAUAGGGAUGGUGGAGAACUUCAACCAGGCCCUGAAGGAAAUUGGAGACGUGGAGAACUGGGCGCGGAGCAUCGAGCUGGACAUGAGGACGAUCGCCACGGCUCUGGAAUACGUCUACAAGGGGCAGCUGCAGCCGGCCCCCUCCUAGACCCUGGGCAGGGACCCGGGCCAGACCCUCAAUAAAGCCCCAACGUCCCAGCA